CAAUAGGGGGAUAUGGGACUGAGGAAGUGCCCCAUGGAUGAUGAAUUUGGCCUCUACUUCCAAUCAACUCCUUUCUUUGAAUGGCUUAAGCCACCAACAUCAUCAUCAUCAUCAUCCUCACCCUCUCCGCCACCGCUAUUACACCGAGAAGAUGAUGAAGAGGAAGCAGCAGCAGCAGCUUGCAGAAAAAGCGCUUCCUCGAUCCCCCCGCUCACCGAGUCGCAAUGUUUACCUCUUCUUAGUAGGCUCGAGGAGGAUAAAAGGACAAAUAUUAAAGAAGAAGAGGCCAGUAUUACUGAUUACAAGUAUUUUGAUCACCUCAGUAUAAAAAAUUGCACCCAGAAGGAGAUCACUGUGUCCUUGAAUAUUGGGUUGCCCGGUACUGCUCCUGGAGGUGAUUAUGAUGAUCAUGAGGAAAACAGGUCUCUUGGCUACAAGAAGGAAGAGGAUAUGGAGCAGGUGGAGGACUACAAAGAGAGAAGGUAUUGGAUUCCAAGCCCAUCUCAGAUUCUUGUAGGCCCAGUGAGAUUCUCUUGCUCCAUCUGCAUGAAAACCUUCAAUAGGUACAAUAACUUACAGAUGCAUAUGUGGGGGCAUGGUUCAGAAUACAGAAAGGGCCCAGAAUCGCUUAAAGGGACACAAACAAUAGCAAUGCUGAAGCUCCCUUGCUACUGCUGUGCCCAUGGGUGCAAGAACAACAUCAACCACCCGCGUGCAAAGCCGCUGAAGGACUUUCGAACUCUGCAGACUCACUACAAGCGGAAGCACGGAUCGAAGCCAUUCCAAUGCAGGAAAUGUGGCAAACCAUUUGCAGUGAAGGGGGAUUGGCGGACUCACGAGAAGAACUGCGGAAAGCUGUGGUUCUGCUCAUGCGGGUCAGAUUUCAAGCACAAGAGAUCGCUCAACGAUCAUGUCAGAUCAUUCGGUAAUGAUCACUCUCCUUGCUUUCCAUCAGAGUUUGUUGGAAAGGAGAAGGAGUUCAUUAUAAGGUUUGAUCAUCACAAAUCGACUACCGAAAACACCGUUUCGGUUAACUACAGUUGAGGUGGUUAGGCUCAUCAGUAGCAAAAAGUGGGACUGGUUUUAUUGUUAUGGAGCAUAAGAGUAUACUAGUACAAGCAUCAUACAUACUUCGGAGGCUAAUUUGCUUUGCCCGGCCGCGAAUAAAAUGGAGGCUACCUGUGGAAAGGGACUGUGAAGUAGCUGAAUUUUCUUCAGGUUUUAGGUUAUAUUAUAGGAUGUCGUGGAUGUUAGUUGCAGAAACUUCUUGUGUACUGAAGAAAAUUUCUCAGCUUCACAGGCUGAUUGGGUAGUUGUAAUGAAGUUUUCCGUAGCUACAGAUACUAAUAUUAUUGAUUUUAUGAUUGUGUGCUC